AUGAUGAUUAGUGUCCAUGUGAUGCUUUUGGUGUCAGCUCAAGACGGCUAUCAGUUUGUACAGUAUGACUUCAGGGAAGCAAACCUUUAUCUUGAUGGGAUGGCAAAUACCAAGGAUGGUCCACUCCAUCUUACAAAUGAUACAAAGGCAAGAACUGGUCAUGCCAUGCUCAAAACUCCCUUGAAUUUCACAUCCACAUCUCCCAGUUCAUUUUCCUUUUCAACAGAGUUUGUCUUUGUAAUCUUUUCACUGGCAGAACCUCCUUCCUAUGGCCAAGGUAUGGCUUUUGUGGUAGCUUCUACGAUAGACCUCAUGCGAAGGGCACUGCAAUUUCAGGUUUAG